CUGCUAUUCUACUAUUUCCCAUCUGCGACACGCUCUCUCUCCACAUAUUCUUGCUUUGUUAAAAACAAGACUUUAUUCCAUUUCUGUCGCGAAGCCCAAGGUGUCGUGUUUUCAGAUGAUUCCUCAUCCGGACGCCGGUUCGCCACCUCAUUUUUCAAGGGUACGCCUGGGAUGAGAUGAUGCGCAUACUUUUAGGCUACAGUGGACUAUUACCAGGAAGCUCAAAUCGGUCGUUGCUUUCUGAAUAAAAGCCUAGAAGAAAGAGAAACAAGUCCUUCAUUCGUUUCUUUGAGAUUAAGAAAGGGAAACACAAAAAUGCCACAAAGCUUGCGAUCCAUCUUGGGCAAUUCCAACCGAGUGAGAAAACCGAGCAAGCCUAGCCCUGCGAGACAAAACACGGCUUCUACUCCCAAAUCUUCAUCUCAGUCUCCUAGGAAGGGCAAGAAGCCGGCGCCGAAAAGAGACGCGGAAACUGAGUUUCAAGAAAAGCUUUCAGAUGUCGGGAUUGCCAAGAUAUUCGAGGAGGAGUUGACACUCAGAGAUGUGGUCCAAGCGAUGAGAUACAUCCGGGGGAAGAUGUUCACGCCUGUACCGCCUACGGGAUUCAAAUCUACGCGGACAACCGAGCUUCUCAACUACAGACUGAGCGUGCCGCCCAUCGUCACGAUUGGCCACCUGAACGCCAUCCUGACAUCUCCGUCAAAGGUGGAGCGAGAAGUCGUUGAGCUCUCCAGAAGCGGCGUGCUCCGGAAGGUGAGAGUCGAGAGACGAGGCGGCAUGGGAGAGGCGCUCAUCGAGUCGCCGGACCUAGAAGCCAUGAUACGAAGCACGGGGAUGUCUGACGACUCCAAGGAUGAAUUUCUGAAGUUUCUGAGGGAGAAUCCCACGGCUCAGACGCUUCCGAGGGGCGCUAUCAAGCACAGCCACACAGACGAGCUUGUGAGGGCCGGAUUCCUGACGAGCUCGCUGCAGGCGGCGCCUGGGACGACGCUUCAUGUUCGCCCAGAAGACCGCACGACCUUGACGUCUAUUCAUCAUGUAUCUCGCUUUGCUUCCGGCACGGUAUCAGCGGUCGGAGGUCAAAAUGCGAUUCAUCUCGCUGGCGGAGGCGGCGGUGCGCCGACCCUCACAGGCUCGUCAGUGUCAUCCUCCGGGGCGUCUGAUUUCCGCAUUGCGGUGCCGGGUCACGGACGGUAUCUGAAGCUGGCGGAAGGGGCGGUUGGCUGGCUCCGCGAGAUGCUCGACAAGACGAAAUGGGGCGAGGCUCCAGAGAUCUGGUUCAAGGAGCGGUUCGAGGGAGGGGGCCUGUACGGGAUGCGGUGGAAAGACUUUUGGGGUGUGGAGUGGGAGUGGGUGCUUGGUCAGGCGGCUGGGCUGGGGAUCGUGGAGGUUUUUGAGACGGGGAGCGUGGGAAGAGGCGUGAGAGCGCUGGGAGGGUGAGAUUCUUGAAGCAUGUGGCGUUUGAUGGAUGAUUGCUUUUGGUGUACAAAGCACAGUGUUGGUUGUUGUUGUUGUAUGCAAACAACGAUAGCCGAGAUCGGGCUGAGUUGAUGUUGGGAUGUCCGGUGUCUGGUAUCUUGGAAGAGGAGGAUUUGCCGACAUAUGUCUUGAUGUUGUGCUUAGACGACGAGGCCUGAGACUUGCAUGAACCCGUAUGCUCGGGAGUGGAUCGCUGAAUGUGCAUAGAAUGGGCUAAUUAGAUAGACGAAGGCAUGUCAUGUCGUCGCCUUGCAUCUUUUAAUUAUGAUUUAUUUUCCGCU